AUGCAAAGCGUGCCACUGCAGGUGGCGGCCACGCCCUACAAACUGACAUGGACCGAGGUACCAGACCCCGAACCGACCGCAACACCCAUCUACGGCCGAAGUCGCCCUUUUUACGUAAAUAGCACCAAUCGUCCAAACUCGACCCCCCCAGGUGGCCCUUCCUAUCCAGACAAGCCAUUCACUACGACUUCCAAAAUGUUUGGAGGAUUCGCCCCCCCGCAACAAUCUCGCGAGGAGAUCCGCGCCAUGGAGGCCGAGGCCACCUUUACCGUGCAGCAAGUUGUCGCAACUGCCUUUAUGCUGUAUCUCUCCCCUUUCGCCAUUGACAUGGCCAGCAGAAUCUUUUAA